ACACUGGAGUUCUUGAUGGCCGAUGCCAUCGAGAAUGGAGCUGAUUGUGUCAUUACGGCGGGAGGGAUCCAGAGUAAUCACUGUCGUGCUACUGCUGUUGCUGCUAGAUAUCUAAAUCUUGGUUGCUAUCUGAUACUACGCACUUCCAAGGCUCUAGUGGAGAAGGAUCUAGGCUUGGUUGGCAAUCUCCUUGUCGAACGAUUAGUUGGUGCUCAUAUUGAUCUUGUUUCCAAGGAGGAAUAUGCUAAGAUAGGCAGUGUGACUCUUGCUGACUUGCUAAAGAAGAAGCUAAUGAAGGAAGGGAGAAAUCCAUAUGUUAUUCCUCUUGGUGGGUCAAACUCUUUGGGGAUUUGGGGCUAUAUUGAAGCAAUAAGUGAGAUUGAGCAGCAAAUUCAAAGCAAUUGUGGUGUACCUCAAUUUGAUGACAUUGUUGUUGCAUGUGGCAGUGGUGGAACAAUGGCUGGACUUUCUCUGGGAUCAAAACUGAGUAACUUGAAGGCAAAAGUUCAUGCAUUUUCUGUAUGGGACGAUCCCAAUUAUUUCUACAACUUUGUUCAAGGUCUGAUUGAUGGUCUUGGAGCUCGUUCUGAUGCACAUGAUUUAGUUGAAAUUCAGGAUGAGUUUAAGGUUUCUUGAUCAACAAUUCAUUUUGUUGAUGAACUGUUUUUAUUAUCUCAAUAUUAAUAUUCAAUGCUUUCUUGAUAGCAACUUGAAGCUAUGACUUAUAUAGUUGUAAGUCAUAAUUAUGACAUUUGGAAACUUAUCCUAACAUAUUCUAUA